AUGGCGGCGGCGGCGCCGGGCGGCGGCGGCUCCUGCGGAGGAGGCGCCGGGAGCGGGGGGGGCCCCGGGAGCGCCGGGAACGGCACCGGAAACACCGGGAACAACGGCGGGAUGGAGGUGGAUGGGGCAGGUGAGGGCGGGGGAAGCGGGAAGGGCGGCGGCGUUAACGAGAGCGGCACCGGGAAGGGGCAAAUCGUGAGGGGAAAAAUUCCAGGGAAAGCCUCAAAAUCACCGGGAAUGGCCCCGGGAAUAACGGGGGGUGGGGCAGGCAGCGGCGGGAAUGGCGCUGGGAAUAACGGGAAUGGUGUUGGGAAUAACGGGAGCGGCACCGGGAAGGGACAAAUCGUUGCUCAAAACCCGUCAUGGGAAGAAGAAAAUGGAGGAGGACUGGGUACCUCUGUACAUCAGUGA